AUGACUACGAAUACUAAAGAAUUUGAUGGCUGGAGUGAUACUCCUCCUAAACAGGUUGAGGAAGAAAAAAGUUUGGAUGACCCUCCUAAAAAUCUUUCAAAGAACGAAUAUCGAAAAGAUACUGAAGAAAAUCGUAAAACUAGUGAAUCCGAAACUUCGGUAAAAGAUAAAAAUACUUUAGAAGUUACUACUGAAGAAAAUAUUGAACCAGGUGGUUGGGGCUCUCCCCCAAAAAGUACUGAAGAUGAUAGUUGGGAUCCUUCUGCUAAAAAUGAUAAAAAAGAUUUCAAUGAAUCAAGAAGAUAUAGUAAUUCUUCUCAACAUUCUAAAAAAUUACAAAAUGAUGAAAGUGGUUGGGCUUCAAAUAAACCUGUUGAUAAUUCCACCCAGAAUGAUGGUUGGGGUACUGUAGAUAAAUCCACUGAAAAUGAAAAAUGGGGUUCGACAAAUAGUAAUGGUUGGAAUCCUUCUACAACCGAUGAUUUUAAUAAGGAUCAUCAUAAACAUGAUAAUCCUUCUCGUGGAGGACGUGGUGCUCACCGCGGAAGAGGAAGGGGUGGUGAUUCGAAUUUUAGAGGUCAUAAUCAACGGUCUUCUUUCUCACGAAGUGGUAACGAUAAAUAUAAUGAUAAUAAUCGUGAGAAUGGUAGCAAAGAUGGAAGUAUUAGUGACCAAAACCCGUAUGCACAAAAAUCUGGAAAUUCUAAUGAUAAUACUCAUACAACUAAACCAGAAAAUACUCCUUAUGUGAAUAAAGAUCGUGUUUUAUCUGGUGGAAGUGUUAGACAGAAAGUUGACGAAGAAGAAUUAGAAAAACGAAUGCAGCGAAUCCGCCUUCAAAAUGAAAAGAUCAUGGAAAAAAGAAAGCAGUUACAAGAACAACUCGAUAAUGAACGAGAAGAAAAUGCUCAACGUAAAAUUCAGAAUCGUGAUAAUCGAGAAUGGGAUAAGGAAAAGGAAGAAACUGGUUGGAACUCUCAACGACAACAGAGAAAAAGUGCUGACCUUCGUUAUUCUCCUAAUAAUCCUUAUCUAAAGAACGGUCCUGAUAAUCGUGGAAAUGAUAAUGACUAUGGAAGUCAUGGAAGAAGAGAUUCUCGAGGCAACAAUGAUUAUGGUGGUUAUAAUUCACGUAAUAGCGAGUCCGGUGGAUUCGGUUCAAGAAACUAUCGUGGUGAUCGCGGUGACCGUGGUGACCGUGAUCGCGGUGAUCGUGAUCGUGGUGAUAAUGAGUAUCGACGAUCUGGUCCAAGAAACUUUCGUGGUGAAAAUAAUGAUUACGGUGGCUCAAGAGGGUAUCGUGGUGGUUCUGGUGACCGUGGUAGAGGGCGUGGAAAUUCACGUAGACCUAUAAGACGAUAUAGUGAUCAACAUCGUUCCAGUAAAUCUACUGAUGAAGGUGGCUUUGGUAGUGGUAAUAGUUGGGCUGAACAACAAGAACAAGAAGAAAUGUUGGGUAAAACUAACCUCCCUUGGGAAUCUGAUGCAAACGCCGAAGAUACUAGUUGGAGUAAUUCUAAUGGUUGGGAAAAAGAGACGACUGCUGACAAAGAUGAUGGAUGGGGUGAAAGGGGUAACUCUAAUGAACACAGUGGUUGGAAUUAA